GCCCGGCGCGGGAGGGCGGGCGGGAGGGGCGCGCUCCCCCCGAGCGGCGGCCCCGGGCCGCGGCCCCCCGUUGCGGUCGGAGAGGCGUGCAGCACCGGGCCCUGCGAUGCCGUUUGGCUGCGUGACGCUGGGAGACAAGAAAGAUUAUAACCAGCCGUCUGAGGUGACCGACAGAUAUGACCUGGGCCAGGUCAUCAAAACGGAGGAGUUCUGUGAAAUCUUCCGGGCCAAGGAGAAGUCGACGGGCAAGUUGUACACCUGCAAGAAGUUUCUGAAACGGGAUGGGCGGAAAGUGCGGAAGGCAGCCAAAAACGAGAUCAUCAUCCUCAAAAUGGUGAAGCAUCCCAACAUCCUACAGCUGGUGGAUGUCUACAUCACCCGCAAGGAAUAUUUCAUCUUCCUGGAGCUGGCCACUGGCCGGGAGGUCUUCGACUGGAUCCUGGACCAGGGCUACUACUCGGAGAAGGACACCAGCAAUGUCAUCCGGCAGGUGCUGGAGGCUGUUGCCUACCUGCACUCACUCAAGAUCGUCCACAGAAACCUCAAGCUGGAGAACCUGGUGUACUAUAAUCGCCUGAAGAACUCCAAGAUCGUCAUCAGUGACUUCCACCUGGCCAAGCUGGAGAACGGGCUCAUUAAGGAGCCCUGUGGCACCCCCGAGUACCUGGCUCCGGAGGUGGUGGGGCGGCAGCGGUACGGGCGGCCGGUGGACUGCUGGGCCAUCGGCGUCAUCAUGUACAUCCUCCUCUCGGGAAACCCCCCUUUCUACGAGGAGGCAGAUGAGGAUGAUUACGAGAACCACGACAAGAACCUCUUCCGCAAAAUCCUGGCUGGGGACUACGAGUUCGACCCACCGUACUGGGAUGACAUCUCGCAAGCGGCUAAGGAGCUGGUGACACGCCUAAUGGAGGUGGAGCAGGACCAGAGGAUCACAGCGGAGGAGGCCAUCUCCCAUGAGUGGAUCUCUGGGAAUGCUGCCUCUGACAAGAACAUCAAGGAUGGUGUCUGUGCCCAGAUCGAGAAGAACUUCGCCCGGGCCAAGUGGAAGAAAGCCGUGCGAGUGACCACGCUCAUGAAACGCCUGCGGGCGCCCGAGCAGACGGACACGGCGGCAGCCCCGGCCCCGGCAGCGACCCCAGCCCCGGCAGCGACCCCAGCAGCAACUCCAGCCCCGGCAACGACCACGGCCCCGGCAACGACCACGGCCCCGGCAGCGACUCCGGCCGCGGCAGCGACUCCGGCCGCAGCCCCGGCUCCCGCCGCUGCGGCCACGGAGCCCGCGGCUACAGAGCCCACCACCGACACCGCCACGGCCCCGGCCCCGGCCCCGGCCCCGGCCCCCGCCACGGAGCCCGCAGCCCCCGCCGCCACCGCCCCGGAGCCCGCAGCCCCCGGCACACCGCCCGCCGCCGCGCAGCCCCCGGCCCCCGGCACACCGCCCGCCACCACAUGUAACGAGGUCGGGGCCGCCGCCGAGCCCCCCAGCGAGCAGAGCGGCUGA